AUGGCCGCGGACAAUAACAGAUUUUAUUCCAUGCAGACAGAGGAGCCUAACGGGACCAAAGUCAGAGAGUCAUUCAAGUUUGUGUCGGAGGAGAAGAGAGAUGUCUGGAGGGACGUUGGAGAGGAGCAAGCGGAACCCUCCUGCAGUCUCAGCGUCAGCAAUAUCUCCUACACGGUCAGUGAGCGUGUGGGUCCAUGGUGGGACUUACCCUCCUUCAGGAGGCGAUGGACUCGUCAGAUCCUCAGUAACGUCUCCUUCCAUGUUGACAGUGGGCAGAUCAUGGGCAUACUGGGAAAUUCAGGAUCAGGAAAGACCACUUUGCUGGAUGCCAUCUCAGGAAGAAUUGUAAACACUGGCACACUGUUGGGUGAGGUGUUUGUUAACGGCAGGAAGAUGAAAAGAGAAGAGUAUCAGGACUGCUUCUCUUAUGUGCUGCAGAGUGAUAACUUGUUGAGUUAUCUGACAGUGGAGGAGACUCUGACCUACACAGCUCAGCUGGCCCUGCGGAAACACUCCGCCAAAGCUAUCAAGAAAAAGGUGUCGGCGGUGAUGGCCGAGCUGAGUCUGAGUCAUGUGGCCCAAAGCGUUAUCGGAGGUCGAGUUUUCGCAGGGAUCUCUGGGGGUGAGAGGAGGAGGGUCUCUAUCGCCAGCCAGCUCCUCCAGGACCCGAGGUUGAUCCUAUUGGACGAGCCGACCACGGGCCUAGACAGCAUGACGGCCAAUCAGAUCGUGGUGCUACUAGCAGAGCUGGCCAGGAGGAAUCGGAUAGUCAUUGUGACUCCACCACCACGCUCCGAGCUCUUCAGGGUGUUUAGCAGGAUAGCCAUAAUGAGUCGUGGAGAGCUGGUGUUCUGUGGGCAGCCAGAGGAGAUGGUUGACUUCUUCAGCCAAUGUGGAUAUGAGUGUCCAGAGUACUGCAAUCCCUUUGACACCUAUGUUGACUUCACCUCAGUGGACACACGUAACAGUGAAAGGGAGGCAGCUACCUUCAAUCGUAUGCAUGAGAUCACUUCAUCCUAUCAGAAAUCUGACAUCUACCAGAGCAUGCUGGGAAAAAUGGACCACAGCCUGCAGUUGACAGACAAGCCAGCCAUUCCCUUUAAAAGCAAAGAGUCACCCAGUGGUGCAGCCAAACUGGAAGUUCUGCUCAGGCGAACAUUAAGAAACCUUUCCAGAGACAGGAUGGGUGUCCUGAUGCGUCUGUCUCAGAAUCUGAUCUACGGCCUCUUUGUGGCCUUCUUUGUGAUGCGGUUGGACGAUGAUGUCACCAAAGGCGCCGUGCAGGAUCGCAUAGGCAUCAUCUAUCAGAGCGUUGCAGCUUCCCCUUACACUGGCAUGCUGAAUGCUGUAGCUCUCUUCCCAGCAUUGCGAGCCAUCAGUGAUCAGGAGAGUCAGGACGGUCUGUACACUAAAUGGCAAAUGUUCUUGGCUUACAUCUUUCACAUCCUGCCCUUCAGUAUCCUGAGUGUAGUUAUCUUCACCUCCUUCCUUUACUGGACAGUGGGAAUGCACCCUGAAACCUUGCGCUUCCUGUUUUUCACUGCUGUAGUCCUGGUCCCACAUAUUAUAGGUGAGAUGCUGACUGUAGUGCUUCUAGGAGUGGUCCAAGACCCUAACAUGGUCAACACUGGAGUGGCUCUGCUCAAUAUUGCAGGAAUAUUGGUCGGAUCUGGCUUUCUAAGGAGCACCCUGCAGAUGCCUGUUGUCUUCCAGUGGCUCAGCUACCUGACCUUCCAGAAGUACAGCUGUGAGCUGCUCAUCGUCACAGAGUUCCAUGGCCUCAACUUCACAUGCAGUACUUCCAACCCUUUACCCGGAGCUUGUCUGAUUACUAAUGGCGAUCACAUCAUUGAUGAGGGCUACCCUGGUGCUCUGUCAAGAUAUACACAAGACUUUAUUCUCCUCUACUCCUUCCUCCCUGCACUGCUGUUGCUCGGCAUGAUCAGCUUUAAGAUCAGAGACAAGAUUGCGCGUCACUAAAAUCAAACACAUGAAGAAAGAUUUAAUGUACAGUUUUGCAGUAUGAUUUGAUCCAGAGAGGACAAGGUGUACUAAAUUACUGUGGCUGUUUUUGCACUUGACCUUUUUCUUCAACAUUCAAUGAAUAUUUCAGUGUUAGCAUUUACCUUAAAGUUUUACAGAAGACAGUGUUUUAUGGUUUAAGUAUUGUGGCAAGUUGAAAGAGCUUCUGCUGAAAAUCCCCUUUGAAAAAAUUGCACUAGUGUCAUAUUAAUCAAUUGUAAAUAAAUGUAUAGACGGAGCGACACAUGUGUACAAGAAACUACAAGUUUGACUUAAAAGAUGUGAUACUGUCUGUUAUCAAGUAGUGAGAGUUUCCAAAGCACUUAAGUGCCACCUGUGUAUAGAAAUAAUGUCGACUUCCUUACAUAUUUUGAUUAUUGUAUGUAAUAAAACAAACAUGUUUAUUUUUUGGAACACAUUUUUAUCAGAAGUACACAGUUUCUGAAGUAUUUAGAGAAAAAUACAUGUGGACUAUAAAACUGGUGUAUGAAUUGAAAAGUAUUAACAAAAAUGUUAGAAAUGACUCAAAAAUAAAUACAUAUUUCAAAAUGAAGAUUGUAUUAACACUAAUAUGUCAUGUUUGUGUGUGAACAUGUAUCUGAUUAUCUCUCAUGUGUCCAGCUCCAGCCCUUUCCAUGACUUAGCUGCAUUCCUCUUAUAUUGAUCCAACUCCUGAAAAACAGACACACAAGAAAAGGAGAUGUUAGAAUUUGAUGAAGUAUGAUGAAAAAGUUCAAGUAAUUGCUCAGAUAUUCUUUAAACUAUAACACAGUUAAUAUCUAUUAUUUUUAACUAAUAUUAGCUUUUAU